AUGGCUUCCAACCCUAAGGUCUUCUUCAACAUGACCAUCGACGGCCAACCUACCGACCGUAUCAUCAUGGAGCUCUACAUCAACAUGGUUCCUCGCACCGCCGAGAACUUCCGAGCUCUUUGCACUAGUGAGAAGGGCGCUGGCCGCUUCGACAAGCCGCUCCACUAUAAGGGAUCAUCAUUCCACCGUGUGAUCCCUAGAUUCAUGUGCCAGGGAGGCGACUUCACCGCCGAAAACGGCACUGGAGGAGAGUCGAUCUAUGGCACCAAGUUUGCCGACGAGAACUUCAUGAAGAAGCACACCGGCCCUAGAGUCCUCUCCAUGGCCAAUGCCAGUCCCAGAACCAACGGAUCUCAGUUAUUCAUCUACACCGCCAAGACUGAGUGGCUCAAUGGAAAGCAUGUCUUGUUUGGCCAGAUCAUCGAGGGCAUAGACCCUGAAACGUCUGAGGGCUGGUUAAAACUCAAUAAUCACUGGGUCUAA